AACAACAACAGCAUAGACAACAAAGAUCACAACAGCAACAGCAGCAACUUCCUCUGCAGCUCGAAACACCGCAAAAGUCAAAUUUACAUUUACAGACACAACAAGAACAGGAACAGCAACAACAACUGUCGAACCCAAGACAGACACCAAAUUCGUGGAGCUCACAAUGCCCCACCUCGGACAAUAGUAAAAAUCCAAAUAUACAGGAUCAAAUUGAGCUACUUCAGAAACAGCUACAAUUACUCUACCAACAGCAAGCCUCAAAUGAUAAAUCUACCCCAGGUAAGGAAUGGAUCACCGUAGAACCCAAAAAAAGGCCCGAGAAAGCCCAGGUAAGCCCACAAAUACCAAAAAACCAGCAAAACUUGAUAAGUACUGGCUAGGCGAACCUCAGGCUAAAGAAAAUAGGUUUUCAUCACUUGUAAUAGAAGACGACGAAGAACCAAAGCCCAAAGAAAAUAAUCCCAAGCCCCCACCAAUCUUCGUAGAUAAAGUAAGCAACAUUACCCCCCUAAUGAAGUUUUUAUCUGAAACCGCUCCAAGUCUGCACGAGUUAAAGCUCAUAAGCAAUGAGCAAGUUAAAAUACAAGCAAAAACUCCCGAGGCCUACAAAACAAUUGUUCAGCAACUAGAGCAAAAAAACACUGAGUUUUAUACAUACAAGCCAAAACAAGAAAGAAAUUUCAAAGUUAUACUCAGAAAUAUGCACUCGUCUAUUGGCACCGAAGAAAUCGCUGAAGCCCUACAGAAUCUCGGUCAUAUCCCUAUUAACAUUUACAAUAUGAAACACAGAAACACGAAAAAUCCGCUACCAAUGUUCAUUGUAGAGCUAAAAGCAAACCCUAAUAAUAAGCAAAUAUACGAAAUCAAAUAUCUCUUUAACACAAAAAUUGUAUUUGAACCCCCACGCCCAAAACGCGAAAUCCCGCAAUGCGCUAACUGCCAACAGUAUGGACACACAAAAUCAUACUGUCGUAGAAGACCGGUAUGUAUUAAAUGCGCUGGCCCCCACUUGUCUGCAGAUUGCUCGCGCAAGACAAAAUCCAACGAUGUUAAAUGUGCUCUAUGCGAAGGAAAUCAUCCAGCAAACUAUAAAGGAUGCAUGGUGUACAAAAAUCUGCAGAAACUCAAAUACCCACCAUUAAGAAGAAUGGAGGACAACAAUCCCAAAAGUGUCAGCCAGCAGCAAUCAGCUCCACUUUCUCCCAUUCGAGUCUCGCAACCGCCCCGAAAUUUACUUUCUUACUCCCAAAUGUUGAAAAGCAAACAAGCUCCGAGUCCAAGUAACUCUCUCCCUCAAUCAAAAGAAAACGCCUCUGAUGCCUCAAUUUAAUUGCGAGAAAUGAUAAUGCUUCUCAAGCAAGUCAUGCAACAAAUCACAACUAUGAUGAAUCUCCUCGUCACCCUUACGACGAAGUCCAGUAUCCCUACAAUUCCAUGAAUAUUCUCCUGUGGAAUGCUAAUGGCCCAUCAAAACACGUACUCGAGGUUAAAACGCUACUCAAGUCUAAUAAUAUAGAUAUUCUCCUAAUAUCCGAAACCCAUUUCACCGAAAAAAGCUAUUUUCAAAUGCCGAAUUACAAACUCUAUAAUACAAUGCAUCCCGAUAAAAAAGCACAUGCUGGCUCAGCUAUAUUAAUAAAAAACAAUAUUAAACACUUUAAUAUUAACUCAUACUGCACGGAAGCUAUACAAGCUACUAAUAUAGUUGUCGAGGACUUGAAAGGCCAAAUAACAAUCUCAGCAGUAUAUACCCCACCCAAGCAUGCGAUCAAGUCAGAAGAUUAUGUUAAAUUCUUCAAAACUCUAGGAAGCAGGUUUUUAGCUGGAGGAGACUACAACGCAAAACACCCACAAUGGGAUCUCGCCUCAUCACUCCUAAAGGCCGACAACUCUUCGCGGCUAUGGCAAGAUUAAAUCUUCACUCAGCCUCCUCAGGCUCUCCAACGUAUUGGCCAACCGAUACAACAAAAAUUCCAGACUUAAUAGACUUUUGCGUGUUUAAAGGUAUUGGAGAUAAUGAAAUAAUAUGUAAUCCCUGUUUCGAUUUAUCCUCAGAUCAUUCUCCCGUAAUGGUCACUCUAAGCAAUAAUUUUGUUGACUCAACUUCUCAGUGUUACCUUCGCAACAACAGAACUGACUGGAAUCUCUUCCAAAGCUUAAUAUCUUCAAAACUAAAUUUGAAACACUCGCUGAAAUCUAGCGAAGAUAUCAUUGCAGCUGUUGAACACUUCAAUAACUGCAUCCAACAAGCUGCUUGGAGAUCAACACCCAUUCUAAGCAAAUCACAGUGCACAAGAAUCCCUUCUCUUGUAAAAGAAAAACUGACCAAGAAACGCCAGGCUAGAAAGAAGUGGCAGCAGACUAGACAUCCCGAAGACAAAAGAAGAUUUAAUACGCUAACGAGGGAGCUCAAAGAACUCUUGCAAAAAGAACGCAAUUCCCAACUUCAUCAUUAUCUCAGUAGCUUAGAUGCAAUAGCUGCCAGCGAUUAUUCCCUCUGGAAAGCAGCAACAAAAUUAAAGAGGCCAACUCUGGCACAACCCGCUAUCAGAAUGGAAAACAACCAAUGGGCUAAAAGUGAUCUCGACAAAGCAAGCACAUUUGCACGUCACCUAAAAAAUGUGUUUGCUCCGCAUGAAAUUGAACCCUCUCCCAAUACUGCACAAAAAGUAAGACAGACUCUCGAACAACCCUACCAAAUGGACCCACCCUUAAAAAAAAUUCUCAAAAGCGGAAGUUAAGGAAGCGAUUAAAAAUUUCAAAGCUAAGAAGGCUCCCGGCUACGAUCUGAUCACUGGAGAAAUAUUAAAACAGCUCCCGGAAGAAGGAAUCACUUUCCUGACUUAUAUUUAUAACGCAAUUCUCUCAUCUGGUUUCGUUCCACCUCAAUGGAAAGUUUCCCAGGUAAAAAUGAUUCCUAAACCAGGAAAAAGUGCAGACAAAGUUGAGUCACAUCGGUUUACUACCCAUCGCCUCUAAAACUCUGGAGACCCUUUUUCUCAAAAGAUUGAUGCCAGUAAUAGAACAAAGAAAGAUUAUCCCUAAUCACCAAUUCGGUUACAGGAAAAAACACAGCACAAUCGAACAAGUUCACAGGCUUGUAAACUGCAUUCACACUGCAUUCGAACACAAAAAGUAUUGUACAGCUGCAUUCCUAUCUAUAUUUCAAGCUUUCGAUCGAGUAUGGCAUGACGGCUUACUUUACAAAAUAAAGAGUACCCUCCCAAUAAACUAUUUCAUCUUUAUCGAGUCCUAUCUCAAAGAUCGAUUUUUCUUCGUUAAGCAUGGCGAGGAGCAGUCUGAACUCUACGAAAGUUCAGCUGGUGUACCUCAAGGCAGUGUGAUGGGUCCCAUCCUUUACCUGCUAUACACAUUUGAUUUACCAUCAUCCGAAGGAGCAAUUGUUGGCACAUUUGCAGACGACACUGCAAUUCUCGCAAUGGACACACUUCCACAACUCGCUUCGCUUAAACUCCAAAAUGGCCUAAACAAAAUAAACACAAUGGCUGAAAGAUUGGCGAAUUAAGCCAAAUGGGACAAAGUCUGUCCAGGUUACGUUCUCCCUUAAACGAAAAACCUGCCCACCCGUAAAACUCAAUAACGAGGAUAUUCCACAGCGUGAUGCGACAAAAUACUUAGGUAUGCACCUCGACAGCAAGCUGACGUGGAAAACUCAUAUUUUCACUAAACGCAAAGCACUGGGAAUGAAGCUCAGAAAUUUACAUUGGUUACUGAACCCGAAGUCUCAAGUCUCACUCGAGAGUAAGCUCUUACUCUACCUCCAAUAUAGAAAUACUCCAAAGAUUCCAAUCAAAAACCCUUAGAAUGAUUGUGAACGCUCCGCUCUAUGUCACAAACAACCAAAUACACCGUGACCUGAAAAUCCCUACUGUUGCUUCCGAAAUUAAAAAGCACGCCCUGGCGUACCAACAAAAAGUUCAUGAUCACCCAAAUCCUCUUAUUUCUACACUCACUUCUCAUACAGUGUCAUUCCAGCGACUUAAAAGGAAAUCAAUAUUAGAUCUCUAAUAACAUUGAAUACCUGCGAAUAGAAUAUGGUUGCGCCACUGGGUGUACUCCAUACAUGAUUAUUUUCUUAUUUAGUAUUUAAGUUUCAAAUAUUGCUUAAUGUUAAAAGAACAAACAGAUCGCAAUAAAAUAUAUGAGUUCAAAAAAAAAAAAA